UCAGAAAAUCACUUUGUUUCAAGUUUUCAACGCCUAUUGAACGGUUUGCUUGUAAACUCCAAUACUUUAUUUCCAAAUAAAUUAAUUACAAAAAUUCCAAUACUUUAUUUUAGCUGCAAAUAGUACCUAACCAUCGUCCAAGACUAUAAAAAUGAAAUUUUUAUAUAUUUUAAUAUCGUUUGCGUGGGUGAACGUUUCGGUAGCUUUAGAUGAUUAUUUAAAACAGGUUAUCUUGUUAAACCAACAGAUGAGAAAUGAUUCAAAAGCUGAGUUGGCGAGAGUAAUUCAAAGUGUCGUUCUUUUUGGAGGAUUUUCAAUGGUGGAAUUAGCUUUGAUUUUUGCGGUACCGGAUGCCGAAGACGACGUAAUUUCUAAUUUGACGUCAGAAAAACACAUUAUGCAACCAAAGAAAUUUUACCAAGAAAUUUGGCAAGAAAAAAUAUGGUUUUAUCAAUUACCCGGUGCAUCCGACAUAAACGAAGCCGAAUACGAAAACGCUACUCUAAGAGAUCUGGGAAAUGACAGGAGAAAGAUAACUAUGCAAGCUAUAAAAUUAUUAAUCCUUGAUAUAAUAGUGGGACCCAAUACAAAUUUUGAAAGUUUUUCUGUUAUGUGCGUUUUGCUAGGAGUGUACCGAAGUAUUAAAUACCCAGAUGAAUUUAUAAAAGAAGCUGAUGGCGAUGAUAGAGGAACUUGUUCACUACAUGACAUAAAGGACGAAGUUACCAGAUAUUAUGAACUGGAUGGCAAAAUUUGGCAAUUCGACAAUUCCACAAGGAGCUUACAUUCCUUACAUGUAACGAUAUAAGGCAACAUUUUUUUUUUUCAAAGUACUAUCAUAAUUAUAUUUUUGCAUACCUUCCCCAAUAACAGAUUUGUCAAUAAAUUUAAUGUAUUUAAAAAUAAACGGAUUUGAUCACGAUUGAGAAAA